CGAAACAAACAACAAAAAAGGAAAAAGAAUCGAAGGAAACCAAAAUUGAGUGACCAAAAAAUAACUGUGCGUGAAAAGCAGGUAGAAUGGGUUCAACGAACAGCUCGCUGAAGCUGGGGUCCAUCUCGGAGAAGCUCUGCGCGGCGAUUUUUCCGAUCAUCGCCGUACUUGACGCCUUGAUUUUAGCGGUCUCCGGCUGCUUCAACUGCCGGAAAUCUGGCUAUCGACGGAAAUUGAGCUAUGGGUACGAGGACAUCGUUCGGCUCUCGCAGGAAUCUCUUUCUUGGAAAGUUUUGAUUUUUAUGGUUGUGGGUGAAGUUUCUGUGAAUGAGGUGAAGGCAUUGCAUGAGCUGUUUAAGAGGUUAAGCUGUUCGAUUACUGAUGAUGGAUUAAUUGAUAAGGAGGAGCUUCAUCUAGCUUUGUUCAGCACAGCAUGUGGUGAGAACCUGUUCUUGGACAGGAUUUUUGAUCUUUUUUAUAUGAAAAGGAAUGGUGUUAUUGAUUUGGAGGAGUUCGUUCACUCGCUCGAUGUGUUCCAUCCCAGAGCCUCCGUGGAAGAUAAGAUAGAUUUUGCAUUCAAGCUUUAUGAUCUGAGGCAAUUCGGGUUCAUAGAGCGCGAAGAAGUGAAGCAAAUGGUGAUUGCUAUACUAAUGGAAUCUGAUGUGGCAUUACCUGAUGAUACGAUAGAGCAUAUAGUUGACAAGACGUUUGAAGAAGCUGAUGCUGGCAAGGACGGUAGAAUUGAUAAAGAAGAUUGGAGGUCAUUUGUCGUUAGGCAUCCAUCACUUUUGAAGAACAUGACACUACCUUAUUUGAUGAAUGUCUCGGAUGCUUUUCCCGGUUUUGUUUUCGACACUGAGGUUGAAGAUUCAUGAGAUGCAAAGAUCUUUCAUUUGAAAUUGUUUGAGACUGUUCUAUCAUAGCUCAGAUCAGAAUUUGAUCAUUAAUUCUUGUGCAGAAAUUCUAGUUUUGUAUCUGUUUUAUUUGUGUACAUGGAAAUUGUAAAUAUCAAAGCUCCUCAUGGAGAAAAAGGUGUAGCUUGUAUUGAAGUAGUGUUACUUGUAUAACAUAGUUUCGUAACACAAUUUGUAAUUUGUUUGCAAAAAUAAUCUUCUUAUUUACAUA